AUGCGCCUGUUUGUACCUGCGGAAACGCAGGGGCCUGAGCAGAACUCCCAAAAACGACAUAAAAGUACCGCAGAUCAGGGAUCUGGCCAUAGUGCCAAAAUGGCACCUUAUGAAGAACAGCAAUUAUGCUCCGAGCAUAUCAAUUUAGUAUCUCGUACAUGCAUGAGCACACUAUUCGCAGAACACGCACACCAAAAACUUCCGUAUUGCGAUGAUGUGUUUCCUUGGUUGCAUGGGCUUUCCGGUUCGAGGGAAGUGCCUCGUGCAUGUCACUGGAUGGCAGUUAUUCGCUCUCAACCACUCUCUCGCGGUAUGAUUGAGAACUCUGGACUUCUGAGAUCUUCUCUUGAUCCACAUGAGUUUCUGAUGCCCUGGGAUUACAAAAAACAUUGCAUUGAGUCAAUACUGAGUGACGUCAGAAACAACUUAGGACUAAACUCUGAAGAACACGAGUUACUCACACGAGCCUGCAAAUUAUACAAGCUUAUGCCCUUUCUGGUUACCGAUGCUACCGCUCAAGGGAUUUACGGUGCUGGCGCUGCUAAGAACCGAGUCUGCACAUCAUCAUCUUACUCACAGCCACCUCAGGGAUGGAAACAACCGGGGAUGUUCCGCCGAUUUGAUUUACAAGUGGCAAAAUUCAUCGAAAUGUCGCAAAGAUGUGUCAUAUACUGCUUGAGCGAAUCACGACAUUGGAGAUCUUGUCACUGCCAAGAACUCGCAGUACUAUUAUAUGCGGCGCGCAAGAGCCUCGAUCCAUCUGAAAAUUUCCAAAUCAGCAUAUUAGACACUACCGAUAUCGAUCCUAUAUGGUGGGGUACUCCACCGAUGAAGCUUACUGCUCUUCAAAAAGACAGAUUCUCUCAAUUGGCAUCUGACUUUGAUAUCGCAUCUUUCAGUAAUUGGGACCGAGAUCUUUUCUAUCGCGAGCGUUUGGAAAUUUCAAGGAUGUCAAGCGCAACCUGCGUAAGCAGUGAAUCUUCAACUUGGUGUGGCAACAGCACUGACUUUGAGAUUUACAGGCUGAAUAAAGGACUUUCAGCACAAGAAAAUGACAAAGUUGUACACAGCAUGGAAAAAGUACAUCAAGAAGUUGACACCGUUGUGACGUUACCGAACUUAAGUAGGAAAGCUCAAAGCUCUCCUCCAAUAGACAACCUACUUUUCAGCUUUCCCCAACCCUCAAAGACAUGGGAGCUCUUUAUCCAUUGCACAGAAAGUAGCACGUUGCCCGAACUUUCCACUAUAGUCAGACUCUUAGAAAGGAUUAAGAAAGAUGCCACUAUACCACAUACUGUCCUCUCCUUUCCAAUAUCUGGUUCAAUUGGGUUAGGAAAUCUGAAUCUCGCUUCAAUUAAAGUUAUUCUGAACACCUGCCUUCUCAUAUACAGUACAGGAAAAUGCACAAAUUUUGGAAGUUUGAUAUACUGUUCCGACGGUUAUACCGAGGUUUCAUUCAUAUUAGUUGCAUUUCUGAUUUUCGCUUGGGAUUUGCCUCUAGAUGAAGUGCUCUUCAGGUUGCACAAAGAUUGUCAAAGACCGUUUUUCCUUUUUCCCAUUGAUUUACAAGUUUUGGGCCACUUGCAAGUCCUUUUGAGAGAAGAAAGUCCAAAGAGAAAAGAACACGAUACUACAUGCUUGGACGUGGACCCAGAUUUGUUUAGCAAAAUGUUCUUCACAAAAUUCCGAGACAGCUAUCACCUGGCGCAAUUAAAAGGCCCUUUGCCUUCCAAAAUUUUACCGCAUUUGUACCUUGGGUCUUUGGAACAUGCUCAAAACCCAAAGCUCUUGCAAAAACUGGAAAUAAAAAACAUCGUAUCAGUGGGCGAGACCAUGCCUUGGCUUCUCGCUGCUAUGUCAAGAAGAAGAAGCUUGACUGUUAGCGAGGCUGAUACUCGAGGAGUAACUAGGCCUUUCAUCAGUACAGUUGUUUCGUCGUCUCAAAUUACGCGAGUACGAGCAAGCUCGCUAGUGGGCGGAAAAGAAGGUCCGAACGUGGUGGAAGAGAAUGGAUUUCGAGUGCUACAUAUUACUGAUCUGGAUGACAAUGGCGAAGAUCGCUUACUUUCUCAGCUGGACGAUAUACUAGCCUUCAUCGAUGAGUGUUAUAAUCGUGGUGAAAAAGUUCUAGUCCAUUGUAUGGUAGGUGUCUCGAGAUCGGCCACAGUCUGCAUUGCCGAGUGUAUGCGAAGAUUAAAUUGCGACGUUUUGAGAGCCUACCUUUACGUGCGUGUUCGUAGGUUAAACAUUAUCAUUCAGCCAAACCUGAUGUUUGUUUACGAGCUUUGUAAAUGGCAGGAGGCCCAGGGAAAACCACUCACCGUCGAUUGGCAUAUUAUAUGUCGUGCCAUUUCAGAGCUUAAUCGUAUGUACUUCUGA